UUUUAAAGGGCGCUCAGUGCGGCUGAGAGGUGCUGUUUAAAGCUCUAAGUCAGAAGGUUCUGCUGAUGGACGGCGGGCCUGUCGUGGCCCCUGAAGAAGAAUCUGAGAACCGAGGAGAAUCAGAUGAUGAGAAAGCGACACUCAAGAAGAAACAUUAUCCAAAAAGUCUCCCACCGAAGUGUCACUACUGUUCCCACUGUGGGAAGAGCUUCUCCCAGAUCGGACACUUCAACGUCCACCUGAAAAUUCACACUGGGAAGAAGCCUCACCAGUGCUCCCAGUGCGGGAGGAGCUUCACAACCAGCAACCAGCUCUCUGAGCACCUGCACACACACGCCGAGGAGAGGCCCCAUCAGUGCGGCCACUGUGGGAAAGGCUUCAUGCGGCCGGGGCGACUCCGGGCUCAUGAGAGGAUUCACACCGGAGAGAGGCCGCACCGCUGCUCUGAGUGCGGGAAAAGCUUCAAAUCCACAGAGGAGCUGAAAAUCCACCUGCGCGUCCACACCGGACUCAAAUCGCACUUCUGCUUCUGGUGCGGGAAGGGAUUCGGCCGGAGUGGACGUCUGAAAAAGCACACGCUUAUCCACACUGGAGAGAAGCCCCACUUCUGCUCCCAGUGUGGCAGGAGGUUCUCUCGAGCGGACCACUUUAAAAAACACCUGGAAAUCCAUAACAGGGGAGGGAAAGAGCUGGAGCGGAGUGGGCAGAACGUUUCAGGGCUGAAUGUGACUUAAAGAUGGAAGUGCACUUUUUUCCUGUAUAUAUUUGACUCCAAGUAUAUAUUAAUAUAUAUAUAAUAUAUUGUAUUGUAGAAAAUAAAAAAGUUUGUGCUGCUACAGUACAGCGCGUUUGGGAGAUUUGCAUUUUGCUUAGAAAGCAGGGAGGACUUUAAGUUUCAUAUAUAAAACUUUACAAAAAACAAAAAUAAAAGUUACUUCAGCUCUCUAACUCUGACUGACCUGCUGUUUUUCAUGUCUCUCUUUCAUCUAAGUUGCCAAAUAUAAAGCUUUUUGGCUCAAAUUCACUAAUCUGUCCAAGAAAGUAAUAAAUAGUCACAUUUCUCUCCACUGUAGCAGAUCAAUGAAUCUUUCCUUCUUUCUGCAAAAGGCAAUAACAAAUCAAUAUCUGCUCUAUACAGAACAACAUUCUUCAGCUUUUUAAAUGUACAUUUGUUCCUGUUUGU